AUGGUUGGGAUAUGUGGAAUGGGCGGCAUAGGGAAGACAACCCUUGCCAAAGCAGUCUACAACAGAUUAUUAAAGCAGCACAAUGUUCGAGAGAACUGUUCCAGCUUUGAGAAGUGCAGCUUCCUUGCAAAUGUCCGCGAAGUAUCAAAGCAGCAUAAUGGAAAUGAAAUCCUUGUCUUGCUACUAGGAAGAGAUGUCAGAAUAAACAACAAGGACGAGGGCAUCACCAUGAUCAGAGAACGAAUUGGAGGCAUGAAAGUGCUUGUAGUUCUCGACGAUGUUGAUCAUAAAGACCAGCUCGAUGUGCUGGUCGGCGGCCGGUCAGGUUGGUUCAGUGGUGAAAGCAUAAUCAUUGUCACUUCUGUCAGCAUGCGUUUGAGCAACCCGAGCCAAAAUCAGGUUGGAGAGGUGAAUUGUCGGAGAAAGUUGUGUCAAUUGCUGGUGGGAUACCUCUGUGCCUCCAAGUAUUUGGGAGCCUCUUCUCUGACAUUGAAUCCAUUGAAGAAUGGGAGUCAAAGCUGGAGCAAGGUUGGUGCUCAAGCCAUGGGAAUUGAAGAAAAUGGCAUGGAAAGUGAAGAAAGAAUACGCAAUGCUCAUGUGGGAAGAGAGCAUCAUAGAGGAGUUUCUAGGUCCAAGUGUGACUCACUUGUGGCCUUUUCGUUACUUCCACCCCCAGGAGGGGAACUACUCGCAGGCGUUCACCAAUUGAAAGUCCUUAUUCUCAAGAAUUGCAAGAACCUCAAGAGCACCCCCGAUUUUAGGCUGAUUCCAAACGCAACCAAAUUGGUAUUUGAAGGGUGCGCCAAGCUGGGUCAAGUCCACGAAUCGAUCGGCGAUCUCCGAAGGUUGGUGCGCUUGAACUUGGGAGACUGCCAUUCUCUAAAGAAAAUACCUGAUAGCAUCUAUCGGCUAAGUUCUUUGGAGAAGCUCAUCCUGAGCGGGUGUUGGUCACUAGGGGAACUCCCAGAGGAGAUUGGCAGGUUGAUGUCUUUAAAGGUGUUCCAAUUAGGCCAAGGGUAUAUGCAAAGACUUCCACAGUCUGUUGGCCUGUUGACAAACCUGCAAGAGCUAGAAGUCAUGGCAUGCGUGCAUUUGAAGACCAUCCCAGACAUUCCAAAUUUGCAAGCUCUGCGAUAUUUAGGUCUGAGCGGAUCCCGCCAGCUGAUGGAUGUUCCUGGCCUUAGCAAAUUGAGAUGCUUAGAGUCCCUGCAACUCGACGGCUGUGAUGCACUAAGGGACUUGAAUGACAUGAUGAAGGAGUUCAAGUUCGAACAUUGCAAAAAUCUCAGCGUUCCUGGACAGCCGAUUAAUUCUUCCUGCUCCAAAUCCAUACGGGACUAUGGACAUGGUCGGUGA